ACUCUGGAGCGACCGGACCCUCAAUUGUGUCCGGAUUACAGGACAGGCAUUGUCUGCAUAUUCUCAUCGGUGGUCAUUGAGUUGUUGGCCGAACCCCUGUACGUGUGGGCACAGACUCAGGGCUUCAUAAAACUGAAAGUCAUGGCCGACGGCCUAUUUCUGAUGACCCGAACCCUCUUAAUGGUGGCUCUGGUGUCUCGAUGGCCACAGAAGGCAAUACUGGUGUUCUCUGGCGCACAGGUAUGCGCCUCCCUGUCCUACCUGUGCUUAUAUUACGUGUACUUUAUUUACGUACAAAAACGACGGUUCAGUGAUUUUAUGCCUAAAAUGAGUGAUAAGAAUCAGCCCUACAUAGACCGGUCUCUGAUCAUAAUAACCAUAAGUUUCCUGAAGAACACGACACUCAAGCAGUUCCUGACAGAAGGCGAGCGCUUUGUGAUGACAUUCCUCCGGGUGCUGACGUUCGCCGAACAGGGCGUCUACGAUGUGGUCAAUAACAUCGGUUCACUGCCGGCCCGCAUGAUCUUACAGCCCAUCGAAGAGUCGGGUUUUGUGUUAUUCACGCAGAAAAUGGAUCGCCAAAAAGCACCGGCAGAUCAGACGCCCUCCGAUUUAGCCGAAUCGGCGCUUAUUCUCAGAAAUUUCAUCAAAAUUAUGUCGUUAUUGGGUUUAAUUAUAUUGAUAUUUGGCGUCAAUUACUCAGAGCUGGCGCUUCUCAUAUACGGCGGUCGACCCCUGAGUGCCGGUGAUAACGGGUUGGCCACUGCGAUGAAUAGCAGACAAUUGGAUGCGUUUAAUAAGAAUAUGAUUUAUAUUUCUGUCGUAUUCCUUAUGAGUUCCUAUUUGUUGACCAAAUGGUGGGGCAGUCAGGGCUUCAUUAUGGCUAACUGUCUCAAUAUGGGCUCCAGGAUUGCCAUCAGCGUAAGAUUUAUUAAAUCUUAUUACGGAAGCACUAAAGUCGUCGAACCACUCAAUGGAUCCAUUCCUCAUCAGUUUGUUUUGUGGACAUUUGUGUCCACUUUUGGGAUACUUUUCACUAUAAAGCCAUACCUGUGCUGCGCCGAC